CAUUGUUUUAACUGUGGCUAGCGCGUUAACGUCAUGUUGUCACCCCCACCCCCUUGUUUAAACCUAUAUUAUAUAGCGUAAAAUCCUACUGCAAAAGAUCAUGAAGGCCAGCUGUUAUAUUUAUAUAGGCUAAUAUUCAAUGCUCUUUAAACAUAGAUUUGUCUGUAUAUCUACAAUGACAAGUAGAUCUAGAUCUAAAUGAAAUAAAUUUAAAAUUAUGGUAGGUCUAUCUAGGAUAAAAUAACUCUGCUUUCACCGGAAACGGAUGCCCAAGGUCACGUGACAAUCUUCUAACAACAGUGGUAAAUUCAAAGAAUUAGGCCUAAAGUUAAAUCACUGACCCAACUUAUAUUCUUGAUCUAGAUCUAGAGAGAUCUAGGACCUAGUCUAUAUCACACGUUGUUUACAAGUGUGACUGUUGACAGGGGUAUCAUGGCCCACUUCAACUUCAACAAAGACAUCAAUGAGAUAGUCAAGCUUGAUGGUCCCAUGCUGGGUGGGCCAAUGAUGAGGUGGCAGAGAAAAGCACAGGAGACACUUAUCAGGGUUCACCCAAAUGACAAUGGAGUUUCUUCACCUUUCAAAUCAAGGUCAAGAACUCCAGGUAAGACUGUAAAUGGUGCAGCGCCAACUACAGGCAGCAAGACACCUAAAACUCCUGGAGCGAAGACACCUUCAGGCAAAGGAGGAGAGGUAGCAGGCUGUCGCAGCGGUAAAAAAACUAAGACACCAGGAAACAAAACACCAGGAAGGUUGCAGGACAGAUUUAUACCAAGUCGUUCAACAACAGACAUGGAGUUUGGUCACUAUGCCAUUAUGAAACGUGGGGAGGAGGAGUCUGAGAAUAACCAAAAUGACAACCCAAACACAGACUACCAGGAACAGUUGAGGGAGGCCAUGGAGAUGAAAGACUGCAAGAUUUUAAAUUUUAGGACUAAGGCUCCGCAGGCCAAUGGUCCAGACAUCAACAGUCUACACGUCUUAUACAGUUGUGGCAAGUCCAACAUCAAACAGUCAGCCAGCACCAGACACAUCCCUAAGGAGCCUGAACGGAUACUGGAUGCUCCUAAUCUACUGGACGAUUACUAUCUGAACCUGCUAGACUGGUCCCACCUCAACAUCCUCACUGUAGCUCUAGGCAAUGAAGUUUUUCUCUGGAAUGCUGACAAUGGAACAAUUAUUCAGUUGAUGGAGUUGUCUACCCCUGAUGAUUACAUUUCCUCUGUAUCCUGGGCUCAAGAGGGGGCAGUAUUGGCUGUUGGCUUAAGUACUGGCGUUGUGCAGAUUUGGGACACAGAUCAACAGAAACUGAUACGUUCAAUGACAGGCCACACUGCCCGUGUUGGGAGCAUGUCAUGGAAUGCUCACAUUUUGUCCAGUGGAUCACGCACUGGAGCUAUCCACCACCAUGAUGUGCGAAUAGCCAACCAUCAAGUGGCAGUACUUGAGAAUCACACGCAGGAAGUUUGUGGCCUUCGCUGGUCACCUGAUGGAAGACACUUAGCCUCUGGUGGCAAUGACAACCUAGUCAACAUCUGGAGCAACCAGGUUGGGUCAGCUAAUGCCACGGUUCCUCUCUACACAUUCACAGAUCACCAGGCAGCUGUCAAGGCAAUGUCCUGGUGCCCAUGGCAACCAUAUCUACUGGCCACUGGAGGUGGAACUGCUGACAGACACAUCAGGAUGUGGAACGUGCAGUCAGGGGCUAAUGUGGGAGCUUAUGAUACAGAAUCUCAGGUGUGUUCCAUCUUGUGGUCCAAAGAGCACAAGGAGUUGAUAUCUGGCCAUGGAUACGCACUCAAUCACCUGAGGAUCUGGAAGUAUCCAUCCAUGAACAAAGUUGUUGAUCUAGUCGGCCACACAUCUCGCGUGUUGUGCAUGGCCAUGUCACCAGAUGGCGCCACUGUAGCCAGCGCCGCAGCAGACGAGACCAUCAGGCUGUGGAAAUGUUUUGCCUAUGAGAAACAGAGUAAAAAAUCUGAGGCCAAGCCAGAGAAGAAAAUGACCUCUGGUUUAAGUAUGUGUAUCAGAUAACAUGCAGUUGUUGGUCCUGGCCUGAGUUGCUGCCCCUGAUUAGUGCCUACAGAAUGAUGUGAAACAUUUAUUUCUACCUGAAGUUUUUUGCUAUUGUUUACAUUAUUGUUGACAAAGAUGAACCACUUGUAAUAUGCAUUUCUCUUGUACAUCAGUCUGUCCUCUCAGGGUCUGUGUAAUAUUGCUCUAUCCCACCCAAUUGUUACAGGUCAAAGGUUACCAAGAGAUCUUUCCCUUGGCUUGAGGCUUGUUUUGUUUGUGUAAAUUAUUGCUGCAUACAUCAUUUUCUGACUCAAUUUACAUUUUCAUUAUUUUGUUAAUAAAGCUUAUACCACUUGUUAGUUC